UGCACGGCUCACGCUGAUGACGUGAUAUUUGUGAGACAACGUUGUGCUAUGUUUAUGAUCAUAUGCUGCAGUCGUGGAGGACAGUAUUAUCGUCAUUCCUACAUAACCCGUCUUUUAAUAAAACAGAGGAGUGGAGGAUGUCUAUAGCAGCUUUACGUUUGAUCCACUGUCGCAGAUUGACUUCAGCUGGGUCUCCUGGAGUGAAAAAAGUGUUCCAGUGGAAAGCUUUAAGGAAAGUAGCUAAAGUGACUGGUGCAGUUGUUAUAGGGGGGUGUGUUUUUAUUACCUAUGAGAUGGUUGCGCUAGACAAGGCUGUAACCAUUGACACAAGUGCAAUCCUACAGGAGAAAUAUAAAUCAUACAUCUAUCUCAGAGCUACAGCCACUGCUGAAAAGAAAAACCUAAUUGCAGAUUUAACACACAAAACACAAAGAGAGCUUCAUAAAGCAGCAAGACGGUUCCUGGAACUAUCCUCCAGACUUUUCCUGCAAUCACUAGAUGAGCACUUAAGCCAUGUGGAUGCACACCCAUAUGAAGUUGCAUUAUGGGUGCUAUUGAAGAAGACUCAGUCAGCCAAUAAAGAUGUCCGACUGCAGGCUGUCCAGGAGAUUGCUGCCAAUCACCACUGGCAAGAUUACCAGUACCAAACAGCAGCCCAGAUUAUCGACCAGAGGACAGCAGUGGGCCUGGCCCGAACUCCUCAGGUGGACCUGCGAUUCUUCCGACACCCACUUCCACCGCCUGCUUUGGAAGAUAGUUUGUCUGCAGAGAAUGACCUACGCCAGCUGCUGGCAUCUCUUCCUCUGUCUGAGGUUGACAAAUGUGUUCAGUACUUCACCUCUCUGGCUCUGAGAGAGAGUGAUCAGUCCAUGGCAGCACAAAGGGGCGGUCUGUGGUGUUUUGGUGGUAAUGGGCUGCCCUAUGCUCAGAGCCUCACAUCUGUUCCUUCAGAGAAAGUAGAAACUUUCUGUCUGCAGGCUCUGGUCCAGCACUCAAAGGUACAGAGCCACUGUGACCUUAUUGUUUCAAAUGGGGGUCUACCUCUCCUUCAGAGACUGUACCAGCUCCGGAGGGAAUCCCUAAAGAUUCAGAGAAACAUUGUUCGCAUUAUAGGAAACCUGGCUCUAAAUGAAGGUGUCCACCAGGCCAUAUUCCAGUCUGGCUGGCUGCCUGUGUUGGCUGAGAUGAUGCAGUCUCCUCACAUCAUGCAGGCGUCUCAUGCAGCUCGAGCUCUGGCCAACCUGGACAGAGAUACAGUAACAGAAAAAUACCAGGACGGUGUCUACAUCCUCCACCCACAAACACGUGACAACCAGCCAAUCAAAGCAGACGUGCUGUUUAUUCAUGGGAUUCUAGGAGCAGCUUUUAAGACAUGGAGGCAGAAGGACCGCAGUACGUUAGAGGAAGAGAGGGACGCUAAAGGCAGCGAUGACUAUACAGAGUGUUGGCCAAAGUCAUGGCUAGCUGCUGAUUGCCCAAAUUUGAGAGUGCUGUCAGUGGAGUAUGACAGCCAUCUGAGUGACUGGAUGGCCAAGUGUCCAGCUGAGAAUCAAAGGAAGUCGUUGGCCUACAGAAGUCGAGAGCUGCUAAAUAAGUUAAAGCUGGCAGGAGUUGGAGAGAGGCCUGUGGUUUGGGUAGCUCACAGUAUGGGAGGACUGCUGGUGAAGAAAAUGCUGUUGGAUGCUGCGGACGACCCAGACUUGCAGGGAUUGAUAAAGAACACUAAGGGAAUAAUGUUCUAUAGUGUUCCUCACCGUGGCACCUUAAUGGCAGAGUACUCUGUGAAUGUCAGAUACCUUCUAUUUCCUUCUAUAGAAGUCAGAGAACUCUGCAAAGACUCCCCAGCUCUGCGUAACCUGAAUGAGGGUUUUCUGAAAAUUGCCAAAGAAAAUGAAAUCAAAGUGCUGAGCUUUGCAGAGACGUUGCCCACAAAUAUUGGUCCUAUGAUUAAGAUAUUUGUGGUCCCAACUCAGUCAGCAGAUCUGGGCAUCGGAGAGCUCAUUCAGGUGGAUGUGGAUCACCUGAACAUCUGCAAACCAGAGAAGAAGGACUCGUUUCUCUACAGACGCAGCCUCCAGUUCAUCCAGGAAGCACUCCAGAGAUACACAAGCCAAUAAAAGACAUACAAGCACAUCAGUAGUGACAUUAAAUUGUUUACUUGAAGUUUGAGGAACACUGAGUCCUUCCACCAACAAACUCAAAACCCCAAACCUCUUUUUGUACACGUUUACAACCAUAAUGUGAGAUGUUAACAAUCAUAAUGCAGACACAUUUAUUUCACACACUUACUAACUGUGAUAGAUAAACCCGAACCUCUGAUUUGUUAUCUUUUUACAUUUUCCUCCCUUAUGUUUUCAUUUUUACCGGUCAAAGUCAUGUUUCGAGUAAACUCAGAUUAUGAGAAGUACCACCAUCUUUCCAUUUUAGACCUUGCAGCCACAACAAAUAUAUAUUUACUUAAAGAUGCAUUUUUAAAAACUGCUUCUAUGUAGUUUUGAUCAGAGUAAUGGUUGAAAUGUUAUUUUUGUAUUCAUUCAUUCUACUGAAACGUGUUGUUUUUUGUGCCAAAUGGAUUAUUUGCCAAGCCUUUUUUAAAAUGGCCCUGAUUUAAUAUAUUAGGUCAACUCUAUUAAUUUUAUUACAUUAAUUAUGCAUCACAAUGGGCCAACAUAUACUAGAAAUGAGAAUAAAUCAAAUGAAUGAGUACAUUUGUUCAGUUUGACUUGUCUAUGCAUUCAUUAAAUGAUGUAUUAAAAUACUGAAUACAACAGAAUUGUUAAAUGGAAA